AUGGCCGCCGUCUACGCAGUCGCCCCGAGGCCUGCCCCCAGCGCAUUGUCUGCGGCUGGUCCUUCCAACCCCCUUAAGAAAAAUACCUCUCUUUCUACAGUCUCCUCUGCCACCGCCGCCGCCUCCAAGCGUAAGCGCAACGAAUCCCCAGAGGACGUCUCUGGAGACUCGGCUGCCUCGCAGCCACAGCGAAAACCCAGAGAAGGGCCCAAGAAAAAGAAAGCCAACCGUGCUUGCUACCACUGCCAGAAGGCCCAUCUCACAUGCGACGAUUCACGACCUUGCCAGCGCUGUGUCAAACGUGGAUUCGCCAAUAACUGUACAGAAGGCCAUCGUAAAAAGGCUAAAUACCUUUUGGAUGAGGAGGAGCUAGAACAGCUCAAGCAAGGCAAAUCUGCGCCUGAGAACCUGACAAGCACAAGUACCCCCGUAGACCCACCUCCAAUCCCAAUCGCUGAGCCUUUUCCUCAAAACGAUACCAUGCUGGCUUCAUCUUUCGAUCCCAACUUUUCAUUUGGUUCUGAAGCUGCCAACCUCGAAUACUCUAUUCUGUCCGCAAUCUUGGGGAAUCCUAGUCCCCCUGAAACGUCGACAACACCCCCGCCUGCCCCGCCCCCGCCUCAGUAUUCGUCUUGGCCCUCAGAUCCAAUCGAUUUUGCGGCCUCACCACGCCUGGCCAGUACAUCCGCUAACAGCUUUAGCACGCCGUAUGGCGAAAAUCAAAUGCCUCCCCAGCAGUCAGAAAGCAAUCUGUCCACUUCGCCUGCAAACACUGCACAUUAUUUGACAUAUCCAUAUCCACACGCACAACGGUCGGAGGAGCUUACGGAACUAUCUUACCCUACAACAUCCUAUUCCACUUCUCAACCGAGUACAGCUCUUCAUCCUUUGCAACCACGGUAUCCGCUUGACACCCGACCGCGAUCGCCUCCUACUGUAUUUCUUCAUAAUCCAUCCUCCAAGGAUACGGCUUCGCGUGGACUUCUUUCUCCUCCACCCUCAACAAGUUCGCCUAGUUCCACCUCUUCUGUGCCGACAGGUGUUGCCGACAUAGUUCGGCCACCAUCAUGUGGAUCGAAGUUGCAGACCAUCACAGACCGUGUCACUGCACCGUAUGAUUAUACGGAGGGGUACCACUUUUUAAUGAAGCACCUGCCCACUCGCUUUGAAAAGAAUGACAUAUUGCGCAUUGUGCGGGCUUUGGCCAUCUUUCGACCAUCACUCAUCGCUCUGCAAAUGCCUUUAUCACUGGAUGACGAGAUCUUCGUUGAGCGAUGCUUCCAGAGGACCCUUUUGGAAUUGGAUAAGCUGAUGUCCUAUAGUGGGACUCCAACGGUUGUCUGGCGUCGAACAGGCGAAAUCUGUUUGGUCGCCCCCGAGUUCUGCAUGUUAACUGAGUGGCCACUAGAAGACCUCGUGGGCAACGGUCGGAAAAAAUAUAUUUAUGAACUAUUUGAGAACCAAUCAGUUGUCGAAUAUUGGGAGAAUUUCGCUUCCCAUGCUUUCGAAAACACCACGCAGUCGGUGUACUCCCAUUGUGUGUUGCUAAAACCUUCAGGUGCACCCGUGCCCUCUACCUUCUGCUUUUCAAUACGCAGGGAUCUAUUUGAUCUUCCAAGUAUAGUCAUAGGACAAUGGCUUCCACUUUUAUAG